GAAAACAGAAGAAGAGUGGUGGGAGUGAGAGAAAGUGUGUGUGGUGUAGAGAGAGAAAGUGAGACAGAGAGAGCGAGAGAGAGCAGAGGAGGCUAUGGAGACUGCCAUUUGCGGUCGCGUUCCUCUUUCCCCCAAUCACUUCUUCACCUCUAAAUCUGGGGAUAAGCAUUCUCUUUCUAAACAAUGGACGCACCGAACCAUGUUAAUGACAGUCUCUGCUGCAGCACCUGGAAAAGGAAGCGGGGUGUUGGAGAGGCCAACAAUAGAGAGAAUAAUGCCUAAUCGGGAGUCAGAAUUUGACCUGAGGAAAUCAAGGAAAAUGUCCCCACCUUAUCGAGUACUGCUGCAUAACGACAACUACAAUAAGCGGGAGUAUGUUGUUCAAGUGCUGAUGAAGGUUAUCCCUGGAAUGACACUUGACAAUGCGGUUAAUAUCAUGCAAGAGGCACACCAUAAUGGCAUGUCCGUGGUUAUCAUUUGUGCUCAAGUCGAUGCAGAGGAGCACUGCAUGCAGCUGAGGGGAAAUGGUCUUCUAAGUUCGAUUGAGCCUGCAAGCGGCGGGUGUUAAAUACUAGUCAUAUUCCCACAAAAAAAGAAACCACUAAAAAAGAGUCACGGAUUAUGCUAUAUGCUAAGGUACAUAUCAAUCAUAUCAUUAAUAGAAAUCUACUUGUAUGUACAUAAAAUGAAACUGUCCAUAUUUGUAUGAAUCUUGGUUACUAUGUUUUCUGAGUCGAGACAGAUUACUAUAGCGAGUCCUGUUGUUCACAUGGAUAUCACCAUUGAACGGUGAUGAAUAUGCAUCUGCUGUUAGAACACCAUUCAGCUAAACUCUUCAAGCAUUGUUUCCCCCUAAAUAGAUAUCAAAUUCUCGAAAGUGGCAUCUUUAUGCUCUUA